AUGGCAACUACAUCAGAUAUGGAUGAUGAUGAUUUUAGGGAUAUCUACAAGGAGUAUACUGGUCCUCUAGGAUCUUCCGCCAACAAUGCACAGGAUCAGGGACAAGGAAAUAAUCAAUCCCAAGCAGUUUCUGAGGAGGAAGAGGGGUCUCCUGACCCCAAUGCUGUCCCAACCGAUUUUACCAGUAGGGAAGCGAAGGUUUGGGAAGCUAAGUCAAAAGCAACAGAACGGAACUGGAAGAAAAGGAAAGAAGAAGAGUUAAUAUGCAAAAUUUGCGGAGAAUCAGGUCAUUUCACUCAGGGGUGCCCUUCCACUCUUGGUGCCAAUCGCAAGUCUCAAGAUUUUAUCGAAAGGGUUCCGGCAAGAGAAAAGUACAUUAGAUCCCUAUUUACUGAGAAGGCAAUGCAAAGGAUUGAAAGGGAUAUUGGAUGCAAGCUCAAAAUGGAGGAGAAGUUUAUUAUUGUUAGUGGAAAGGACAGGUUGAUAUUGAAGAAAGGUGUUGAUGCUGUGCACAAAAUGAUUAAGGGAGAUGGCGGUGAUCAUAGGGCCUCCUCUACCUCUAAGAUGAGCAGGUCUAGGUCACCUGAUCAACCAAGCCCUCCUGCAUCUCGGUUGAGAUACUCUGAAUCUCAGAGGUCUCAUCCAAGUUACCCUCGUGAUGCAUCUCAGUAUCAACACAGAUUUGGACGCCAGGAUAAGAUUAUAGAAGAUCGUAUUCGUGAGGAUAUGCAGAAAUUCUCAAGGGGUUCACCACAAGCUUAUGGGAAAGAUGCACGUAGAAGUCGGUCAAGCCAUUCUAAGUCUCCUGGACGUCCUCCUCAUGGUGGUGAUUCUUAUGGUUCAUAUGAUGGGCACAGUCGCGGCACAGGCAGUGCCAGGUUAGAUGGAUGUGAUGCUGGCAGGCGAGGAGGAUCUGAGUUUCUCUCCCACAACCAGCAGUCUGAGUAUUCCUACUUCCCUCGGACACUCGAGGAAUUAGAACUAGACUACAAAAAGGAGGCAGCGAUGCUUGGAAGAAUCCAUGACAAGGAAGAAGAUGAAGAGAACUACAAACAUCGUGAGGCAAUGAGUGGGAUACGAGAUAGUUACCUGAAGAAGUUAUCCGCCUUGAGGGGCACCCACAGCAAACAAUUUGAGGAGUUCUUUCAUCAACUCGAUGCUCAACGACGCCAACAGGAAGCAGCACGGCGGCAAAUGCCUGUCGCAGGUUAUAGUGGUUUCGUUCAAAAACCAUAUCCUGACUACGACGGCGGUGCCUCAUCAACGGUGCAUCCUCACUUCCCCAGAGCAAGCUUGUCCGUCGGUUCCAGGCCCAGUUACCAAAAUCAUCUGGAAAAUUAUACUUCUAGAGCUCAUAACGAUUAUGGUGAGUUCCAGCAUCAGAGACCUGGGGAUUUCGAGAAAUCGUACAACCACUACUAA